UAACUGGAUGGAAUAUUUCAAUGUUGAUGACACUAGAAAUCUACCAGCUUAUGCAGUUGACAUACUUUUCAACGAAAUGGGUGUUGCUGAUUUCCUCUCGCAAAGCCAGUGCAUAGUCAAUCAAUAUCCUUUCAGUAUAGAGGGUGGAAUCGAGAACGAAUGUAGCGAGUAUUUGCUGGUUGAAAGUGAUCUUGGCCCUGUGUCCUGUCAUCUGAGCUCUUCAUGCAUGUCAUUAGAAUGUUGCAUCAACACUACAGCUCUUCCCCGAAGCAUACACGCAUUCUUCCAGAUAAAUGCUUGUGAUGAAAAGCUUACAGUCGGAAUAGAAAAGUUUACAUUUGAAACGAGUCUUGUUGAUUAUGACUUUGGAACAAAGGAACACUUUUGGUUAAAUGCUUUAUUCCGUAUCGAUUUCCGAAUAUUCGACCUAAAAGAAAAAGAAGGUUAUGUCGUUGAUCUUGAAGUCAGUGUUUGCCUUGAAAGUGGGUCAGAAUGUAUCGUGAAACAAUCCAUAUUGUCUGAUGCUGUACUUCGAAAACCUCAAUGUUCAUUUAAAGAAGGAUUUAAUAUAAACAAUUUUUCUAUAACCGAAUGGAUGCAUGUAAAAGGCUAUGAGCUGCAAGAAGAAUUGUCGGAAUUGGAUUUGUCAUUUUUGAUGGCUGAUCUUGGCCUACCACGGUUUCUACAGAGCAUUGAGUGUGAACCGUCAGACUUUGUCACGAAUAACAAGACAUCAUGUUCCUUAAAUCAACUCUUGGUGAAUCUUCCACAAGAUCUAACAUGUUACCUUCCGACGUGUAAUGACGUGAAAUGCUGUCUGUAUGUAAAACCACUUAGGAGAAAUUUUAUGAUUCUAUUAAGUAUUGACCCUUGUCUGCAAGUUCUGUCAAUUGAGAUAGAAAAUAUGAAAGUGCAACUUGCCUUCAAUGACUUAAAAUGGAAUGAAGAGCAGUCGAUAUUUUUGAAGGGUGUCGUACGAAUAGUAUUCACAUUAGAAAACCUAGAUGGACAAAAUGCAUUUGUGUUGUCACUUGCUGUAAAUGCAUGUUUUGAAUUUAACACGGAGUGCUAUUUCAAAAGCACUAUAUUCGACAAGGCAAUAUUUCAUAAAAGAUUUUGCGAAUUUUCAACGUCGGAAACUUUCCCAAUUAAAGACUUUUCUCUUUUGGAAUGGAAGAUGGAUAAUGAUCUUCAUACAGAAUUGCCACUAGAAAAUCUUUUUUCUGAUUUAUUGCUUGAGGAAUUGGGCCUUUCCAUUUACAUAAAUGAUCCGCCAUGUCAAAUGAAUCGGAACAAAUCAAACUCCGGCUGGAUAAACAGCUGCCCAUACACAUUAAUGACAACAUUACCAACAAACAUGGUUUGCUCUUUAGACAACAGAUGCCUGAAGCUAGAAUGCUGUAUAUAUGUCACUGCAAUAAACAGAAAUAUAAAAGUCCAAUACGACAUCGAUGUAUGUGGGUCGACGGUUGAAGUCGGUGUAGAACAGCUUGUCAUGAAAAGAAACUUUCUUGAUUUUUCCUGGGGUGAAACAAAGAGGAUGAACUUCGGUGGCAUUGUUCGUUUUGAUUUUUCAUUUUCCAAUCUUGAAAAUGGUGAUCAACUUAUGACAAGUGCAACUAUUAGCCUGUGUUUUGAAUCGUCAUCACCUUGCGAUUUACAGACAACUUUACUUGAUGGACUUAUUUUUCCAGAACAAAUAUGUAGAUGGGAUAAAGGCUUUGCUUUAAAUGAUUUCUCUUUGCAAAAAUGGAUGUCAGAGGAAGGGUUGAUUCAAAGCAUGCCGUGGACAGAAUACUAUACUGCUAAACUGUUAAACUUACUUAACAUUUCCCCGUUCCUGCUUGAAGACACCUGCAUCGACAACGAAGGAAAUAAUUCAUGGGUGUCUGGUUGUUCGAAAGAAAUUGGAAAUGGUCUUCUACAGCUACCAGAAAGUAUACACUGCGCUAUUGGACAUAGCUGCACUGAUGUUGAAUGUUGUGUUUGGGUAGACCAAUUUAACAGAUCAUUGAAAUUACAAGCAAACAUCGAUACUUGUGCAUAUGAAAUUACUCUUUCUAUAGAAAGAUAUCAAUAUAGAAAACACCUGUUUAAUUACACAUGGGGAGAUAUUGAAAAUAUAUGGCUUUUUGGUGUUGUUCGAAUGAGUCUAUCAGUAUAUAACUUGGACGGAGAGGGGAAAUAUAUUCUCAACAUGAAUGUUAGUGUGUGCCUUGAAUCAGAUUCAAUCUGUCAAACUGAUGUACAAGUUCUAAGCGACGCAGUUCUCCCAAAACUUGAAUGUGACUGGAAUUCCGAGUUCGUUGAUCCGAAUUUUGACAUGGGUGAUUGGCUUGAAAAGCAUGAAAUAUCAUCAGGACAUAGUCUUACACUAGCUGAAACCACAAUACUUUACAACGACCUUAAUUUAUCUCCUUAUAUAGGAGAUGAAUGUUUGAUCAGUGGAAAGGAAUUAAACAUUUCAGAUAUAGGCUGGGCUACAGAAUGUCCGUUUGAAACGGAAUUACAUAAGCUUCCGGGGUCUACAAUCUGCAGCAUCCCGUCGUUUUGCUCUGGUGUAGACUGUUGUACAAAAGUUGAGCUACUUGAUCGAAAUAUACACUCGCAUUUGUAUAUUUUUACAUGCUUGAAUCGGCUUGAUAUCGGCAUUGAAAAAAUGAAAUACACCAUUGAUUUAAAUGACUUUGAGUUUGGAACCGAAAAAACCGUCAGUCUUCAGGGUGUAUUUAAACUAAGGUUUGUGAUCGAAGAUUUAAAGAAUGAAGGUGUCUUACUUUUGACGUUAGACAUACAAAUUUGCUUCUCUACAAAGACAGCGUGUUCGGAAAAUAUUGAAAUAUUUAAAAAUACAAAGCUUAGCAAACCGAUUUGUGACAUGAGCACAGGAUUCAAAAUUAAAGAUUUUUCCAUGGACGGAUGGCUAAUGGAAAGAGGACUGGUAGCCGGAAAUAUUGGAACUCUUCCUCUUUCAAUUUUAUAUGAGGAACUUGGAAUUUCAACAUAUCUACAAGAAAAUGUUUGCACUAUUCCUAAAAGCAAUGGAACAUGGGAAAAUGAAUGCCAACUAAUUGAUGAUCUACCAGAUCUGUCAGACAACGUGUUUUGCUCUCUUGAAAAAUAUUGCAAUACUAUAGACUGUUGUCUAAAUUCUGAAUUGCUGCAGAGAAACUUUGCUUUCAGCGUUAAAGUAGAUCAAUGUGAAAUGAAACUUACAUUGACUAUAGAGAAACUGAAAUUUGAACUUUCUCUUUUCGAUUAUGAUUGGGGAUCAGAAAACAUCAUUGACCUGUUUGGAGUACUCAGAAUCAGGCUUUCAGUUGAAAACUUAUCAAACGCUAGAAUGUACCUCUUAAAUUUGGAAAUAGCAGCAUGUUUAGAAUCAAAUGACAAGUGUGAAACUGCUGUAAUUGUUUUUAACAAUACUCUUCUAAACAAACUACCUUGCCAACUAGAUUCCGGAUUUAUUUUUCAAAAUUUCUCACUAACGUCCUGGCUUACCUCAAAAGGCUAUGAAUUCAACAGUUAUUUAGGGUUUGAUGUCACUUCUGAGUUACUUGAGGUUUUAGGUAUCGUUGGAUAUCUUAAAGAUGAACAAUGCGAUAGAAAAUCUUCAGCAUUUACCCCAUCAGCGUAUGGAUGGAAGAAAAGUUGUCAGCUAAGUGUAGACGUAGAUCCUCUAUCAAAUAUCAUGACAUGCAACCUUGGAGAGUCUUGCUCAUCAGUAGACUGUUGCAUUGACGUGUACCUGUUGGAACGAUCAUUCAACGUUCAGUUUAAUCUUGACCCUUGCACAAAUAUGCUCGAAGUAAGCAUUGAAAAAUUGACGUUUGAUGUACCACUCUCCGAUAUCACGUACGGAACUCCGUCAAGAUUCUGCCUUUACGGAAUGGUUUGCAUAGAGUAUUCUAUAAAGAACAUGCUUUGGUCAGAAAUCUACAUUGUCGAUCUUAACAUCAGCAUUUGUUUUGAAUCCUCAAGUCCGUGUAACAUUCAAAGCCAAAUUUUCAAAUCUACAAUAUUGCCUAAAAAGAUAUGUGGAUGGGUGAAUGACAACAAUAUACAAAAUUUCACGUUAGCCAGCUGGUUUAAUAAUCGGGGUAUCCCGGACAUGGCGAAUCUUCCAUCGUACUUGGCUAACACACUUGAAAAUGAUAUUGGUCUCUCAAUGUUUCUUAACAAAGAACAGUGCCAAAGAGGUGUAACUCCCUAUCUGUCGAAUUAUUCCGGUUGUGCGUCAGAUUGCCCGAUGGAAACACAUGCUCCAGUAGGAGACGCAAAUGUGUCAUGUUAUAUCCCUGACUACUGUACUGCUGUUGAUAUUUGUGCAUAUAUUCCGCUUAUCAAUCGAAAUGUCCACGCUUUUCUUCGGCUGAGGCCUUGUGAUUCUCUGCUUGAGAUUGGAAUUGAACAAUAUCAAUUUACGGUUGGAUUUAAUGACUUCAAGUUCGGUGAACACAAGACACUGCUGCUAAAAGACGUUUUCAAAUUGGAUCUACGUAUAGAUGACUUAAAUUUCCAGGACGUUUAUGUUGUUGACUUUAAGUUCAGUACAUGCUUUGUUGAUUCAAGUUGUGAGAAAUCUUACGCUAUUUUCGAUCGCACAGUAUUGACAAAAAUACCAUGUUCAUGGGACAUGAGUUUUAAAAAUGAAAAUUUCUCCCUUAAUGAAUGGAUGGUUGAUCGAGGAAUUGCAAGAGAACAAUUUACAAAUGUGCAGCGCAAUGAAUUGUUCGAAGUUCUUGGUCUGGCAGCAUAUUUGGACAACAGCAAAUGCUAUCUUACGGACGUACCAUUCUCGCCGUCAAAUGAUGGUUGGAAUUCGGACUGUCCUGUGGAUAUAACGUUACCGUCCCUUCCAAGUUAUAUCGGCUGUUAUGUGUCUGAUACUUGCACCUCCGUUCGAUGUUGCCUGGAAAUAGACAUUAUUUCAACGUCAAUGUCCUUCUUCAUAAGUAUGGAUGGGUGUGAAAAGCAAAUGACAGUUGGAAUAGAGCAACUGACAUCAACAAUAGAUAUUGAUGAAUAUAAAUUUGGUUCUUUUGAUCGAUUCUACUUGUUAGGAGUCUACAGAAUAGACUACAUGAUCGAAUACCUGUAUGGAAGUCGUAAAUUCGUAGUUGAUAUGAACGUCAGCGCCUGUUUUGAAAGUCACGGAGAAUGUGAAAUAACAAUACCAGUUUUGCAUAAAACAAUCUUGCCUAAAGUAAAUUGUGACUGGUACAACGGAUUUAAUAAUGAAGACUUUGCGCUCGAAGAAUGGAAACGCAUAAACAAUAUCAGCCAGAGUUUACCUUUAAAUCGGGACCAAUUUGAUUUACUUGCAAACAAUCUAGGCAUAAGCCAAUAUCUCCUUGAGAAUGAGUGUGUCUUGCCUACAAACAAAACUACAAGUGGAUGGGAUAACUCGUGUCCCCUUGAUAUUUAUUUACAACCACUACCAGAUAAUACAAGCUGUAAGAUGAGUAGCGGAUGUUUAAAUGUUGACUGCUGCAUGUUUGUUAGUGAUCUCAAUCGGAGUUUUAGCUUCUCUUUACACGUUGACGAAUGUAACUUUCAAAUAUCAGCAAGUAUCGAAGACCUGGAAAUUACAAGAAAACUCUCGGCAUUUGAAUUCAACAAGGUGAUAGAAUUUGACAUAGAUGGACUUAUUUCACUGCGGUUUGUAGUGUUGAAUAUGGAAUACAGGAACACAUACAUGUUAGACCUUGAUGUAUCUGUACACUUGGAAGCUAAGGAGACAGCAGCAAUGACCGUGAAAGUGCUUGAUGAUAUAUUGGUACCUCGCAUUCAGUGUCAGCAAAACGCAGGAUAUGUUAAUAAAUCGUUUGCGUUGGACAAGUGGAAAGAAGACAACAAUGUGACUGCUAUAGAUGAGUAUCAGACAGUCAAACUGUUAGAAGAUCUUGCUAUUGCUCCGUUCAUGUUAACCAACCAGUGUGACAUUCGUGAUGAUUUUGUAAUAGACACAACUGCUUGCCCAAUCCAGGUGAAUUCGUUAAAUUUCUUCGGCCAAGGCUCGUGCUCACUAACUGAAAUAUGUUCCGGAAUUCGCUGUUGCCUCAAAUCGUUGGAAAUAUCGUCAAACUUUUUUAUGGAAGUAGAAAUUGAUGCUUGUAAGGAGGAAGUCAAAGUUGCGAUUGAAAAGCUUCAGUUCCUAAUACCGUUUAGAAACUUUACGUGGGGAGAAGUACAAAGAUUUAGUUUAUACGGCGUGUUCCAAAUUGAGAUUUCAAUUGUGGAGCUCGUGAAGUCGCAGAUUUAUACACUUGACCUUCGUGCAAGUAUAUGUCUAGGACAAAACGAAACUUGUAAUUAUACAGAUCAUAUUUUGCAAAAUGAAUAUAUGACCUCAAUUCCAUGCAGCUGGUCUUCAGAAUUUAUAGACGCAGACUUUGAUUUCGACCAAUGGAAGACCAAAUAUGCAUACAGUCUACAGGGACCUCUUCCAAAAACCGGUGUUGAGUUUUUCUUUACCGAAAUUGGUGUUGAUUCGUAUUUAAAUAAAAAAAUGUGUGAUAAUUCAGCCGCACCUUACACAAGCGAUACCAGCUGGACGUCAGACUGUGGUUUAAGUGUCAGCGUCACAGAUUUGCCGAACAACACUAAAUGUUUCAUAGAUGACAAAUGUUCCGACUUUGAAUGUUGCUCUUAUGUGGACACAUUGCAACGAUCAUUCAGCAUUCAGUUUAAACUUGACACAUGCUCUCAAACUUUAUCAGUUGGAGUCGAAAGAAUAUUGCAGCACAUACCUCUAUCAGCUCUUGAAUUGGAUGUCGUUAACAAAUUCUAUCUGAACGGUUUUAUACGAUUGCAAUAUAUGCUCACGAAUUUACCAAUUCAAAGGACUUACAUUACAAAUUUGAAUUUAAGCAUUUGUUUUGACGAUAACAAAUGUAACGUUAACUUAGAAUUACUUAAGAAUACGGUUGUGCCACAUACAGUUUGUGAAUUUAACCCAGGAUACUCAAUGGAAGACUUUUCUCUUGCUCAGUGGAAAACGAGCAAACAUUUACAAUCACUGGAUGAUGUUCAACAGAUUGAACUGAUGACGGAUUUAGGAAUAAAACCUUUUAUCAGAGAGGUAGAAUGUAAAGCAGCAAACAAUACUUACAAUGGAGAAUGUGGUGUAUUAGAAGAUUUUCCGUCAUCAUGCAGUUUGUCAAAUUCCUGUACAAAAAUAAGUUGUUGUCUGUUCUCCGAAGUCCUGCGUCGAAACAUCUUCUAUGAACUAGACUACGAUAAAUGUAACCAUCUGAUCAAUAUAACUAUUGAGACUUACAGCCGAUUGAUGUCCUUGUAUGAUUAUGAAUACGGAAAUAACACGGUCAUGUCGCUGUAUUCAACGUUACAGAUUAAUUUCACAAUAGACUACCUUGUCAUGAGCGAUUCUCACGUAAUAAGUCUGAACAUUAAAGAAUGUUACGAGACUACUGGUUCGACAUGUGCAUCAGAAAUAGAAGUUCUGACUGAAAACAAGUUUCCGUCGGUUGAAUGUUCAAUGUAUAAAAAUUACAAGAUAGACGCAUUUUCCUACACUGAGUGGUUAGCUGAAAUGAAAAUAAAUGCAUCAAGCUUACCGAUAUAUGCAAAGAAAAUUCUCCAUCGUGAUUUAGGAACAAGCCAGUACCUUCUUCUGAAUGAAUGUAAAGUUGAACAAAUAGGCUGGAAUUCAGAUUGUGCUGAGAACAUAACAAUGCUAAACAUUACUGACAACAAUACAACAAUAGCCUGCCAUCUACAUUCAUCCUGCUUAGAUCUUCAAUGUUGUCUCUACGUUAGUGAAGUUCAAAGGUCAUUUCAAUUCCAAAUACUGUUCGAUCCGUGUGAGUUGAACUUUACAGUCGCAAUAGAAAAGUUUCGGUAUGAGUUAUCACUAAAGGAAGUUCUUGUUGGACGAUUUAUUACAAUGAGUCUGAAUGGCAUAUUACAAAUUGAAUUUAUGUUAGAGGAAAAUUCUGAUGAUGAAUAUGUCCUAAGUGCUCGACUAAAAGUGUGUUUGGAAAGUGUAUCUGAAUGCAAUCAUGACAUAGAAAUAUUUAAUUAUCAACGUAUUAAGAAGAAGGAAUGUGAUUUCGGACAAAGAUUUCAUGUUGCGGAUUUUUCGCUGAAGGACUGGAUGACCAAAAAUGGCAUUGCAUCACAUGAUUUAAUGUCUGAAAAAGAAAGGGAUUUUCUAAUGAAGUAUUUAGGUCUAGAGCUGUUCCUAUUAAAAGACAUAUGCACCACAAAACAAAAUCUUAUUGAAGAUGGUUUUGUCAAUAUACCCAAUGGAUUGAAUGAAACAUGUAUAAGAACUAAAAAUGGAUACAGCUUCGAUUGUUGCGUUUAUUCCGAAGUAUUGGAUAGAAAUUUAUGGAUGAAUUUCACGUUCGAUGCAUGUAAUUAUCGCAUGGAAGUGAACCUGGAAAACUUGCAACAAAGUUUUCAUUUACUAAAUUACGAAUGGGGGAAGAUCCAAAAAUUUACUACAAAAGGUGUCUGGUGCAUAACGUUCAUGGUGACAAACGUUCAAACGGAAGGCGUGUUUUCUUUAGACCUCACAUUACAACAAUGUUUUGAGUCAGGAUGCAACUCAGAUAUUAAAGUAGCAAACGAUUUUAGAAUACCUUAUCCAUCAUGCGAAAACGUUACAAACAAUGACACAAGCCAACUUUAUUAUGGGAUAUCUUUUGAUUUUUGGAAGCAACCUGGGUGCACGGCGGAAAAUUUGUCAUCUUCAAUAGAAUGUGAUGCUCUACAUGAUGAUUUGAUUAAAGUAUGUAAAUGGGCAAACGAAUGUAGAGGAAUACAAUGUUGUACAGAAUUUUACUAUAGUGAGGAUAAACGAAAUGCAGAAAUUAAUUUCUCGAUAGACUGUGACAAGAAGCAGUUGAAAUAUAGUAUCGAAAACAAAAUGUGGAUUAAACCGAUAAUCAACGACAUGAAUAUUAUACAUGAGGAUAUAGCUGAGACAAUUUUACUUGACGUUAAUGUUUCCUAUUCGGUUGAAUCAAAGUAUAAGGUGAUGGCUGAUAUACGGGUGUGUACAGGUACACGUAAUGCGAAUGACUGUCAAAUGAAUUUCCGCAUGUCACAAACGUUUCAAUGCCAAACCAGUAGAAGAAGACGGCGGCGACGACGACGAAGUACUACAGAUUUAUCGCCAGAUAUGGAUAUCAAAGAGCUUGUUAUCGAAUUGAUCAACCAAGGAGAAUCUUAUACCGAAAUACAUAAAUUCAUAGACAAUGCUUUACAGUAUCAGAAAGAUUUAAAAUCCCAAUUUUGGCAAUCUGAAGCAUUGAGCGAUUCCGACUCCAGUACUGGGUAUUCAGUAGCUGUUAAAGCAUUGGGGGAUAACAAUCCGCAAAUAAUAAAACAUGGUGGUCCUAGAGGUUCAGUAAAUCUACACAUAGAAGGUGCUGAACAGAUCUUUGAAAUGACGGGAUAUGUAAAUGACAUUGUGCAAAGAGCUGACCAGUUGUUCGUGGUCGGGAAAGGCCUUUCAGAACAAGGAACAAGACUCCUUGCAGCACAACUCGCAAACAUGGCUAUCGGUGAUAUUGAAGCACUUCUAGAAAGUAACAACGUUAAUCCAACGCAAAUAAGAAAAGUUGUUGAGAACUUCAUAGAUUUAGCUAUUGCAUUGUAUUCAGAUACAGCAGAAAACCUCUACUCAGGCGAUGAAGGCAAUCCAUUCAGUUCGUUUGAAUUUUCACUCCGUGGAGACUAUUCACUCCCGAGAAGAAAUAUUGAAUUUUUCGACCCCAUAUCGUUUGAAAUUACAUUAGGAAUCAUAAACCCUAUAUUCACAUUUGGAGCUGGUGGAUAUUAUGGUCUUGACCUGGGCUUGGAGGGUAAACUUAUAGCACAAACAGCUGGACUGACUGUCGUUCCUUAUGGGGGUUUAAUAUGUUGGGGAGAACUUUCUGUUGGCUACGUGUUGUUUGUUGGACUACGUUUAGAAGGACGCAUUCUUGAUCUACGAUUUCCUGCACGCGCCGAAAUAGGGUUCUCGAAAUUUCCAUUGGAUGUAACAUUGCAGAUGGACCUAGAGUUGACACCAGUUUCAUUGAAGCUGUCAGCAAUUGUCACUCUUGACAUAGACUUAGCAUUUUUCAAAUUUAAGAAGGUCCUUUUUAAUGCGGAUCUAUGGCGCUAUUCUACACCAACCAUCAAAACAAAUAUGAUUGAUGUUUCGACAAAAGAGGAAGAUGAAUCGCCCCCGCAAUUCUCAGCUGUUAUUGAGAAUAAACAUAGCAAUCUCAAAUCGUUUGGAACAAGAGCUGUGUGUGACAUCAGUCAAAUAAAAAAUCGAGAUUACACUGAGCCGGCAUUUGAGAUAUCAGUAGCAGCGGCUGAUGACAAGAGUAAUCUAAAGUUUUUCCUCGAUGUUGGGACAUUUCCAGCAGGAAACAACGUAAAGAACAACCUACAACUCGGUGGCCCUUCCUCAGUUUUAGCAACGUCCGUAGACGAAUACCCAUCAGGAUCCCCUUUAUAUUUCACCGUCUAUGCAGAAAAUAGUGCUGGUUCAAGAGCAAAAGUUGCAUGCAUGCUACCUACUUAUGACACAACAGAGCCUACUGCUAGAAUAACACCUGGAUUUUUGUCAACAAGUAACCCAAAUGUUAUUAAAGCGUCUAUAUUAGUACACGAUGACACAGAAUUAACAAAAGCGUUCAUCGGUGUUGGGUAUGGCAAAGGCAUUUACGGAGAUCAACUGAUAUCAUGGACAGUGCGGGAUUUAAAUGAAAGAACGCCUCUAUCAUCAAGUAGCGACCCCUUAGCGCAAUUUUCUGAUCUAGAAGAUGGCAAAUUUGUGUCCACGCCAUUUAUAAAACAAACAGAAGUACAUACAGCUACUGCAUGUGCACAACUGUGUUUGAAUCAUGACCACUGUACAAGUUUUAAUUAUGAUUAUGGUCCCGGUGCAAUAUGUGAGCUUCUCCGAUCGAUUCGCCAUUAUGAUGAUGUUUUAGCCCAGACCGGUUUGUUUUGUCAUUUCGAGAGAUUAUCUACGGGACAUUCGAUUGAGGUCAAUCAUAAGAACCUAAAUUUGCAGCAUAACAGAUUACAUUUUGUUAAUAUAGAUCUAACAAACGACCUAGGCUACAGAUCUAUCGUUCCAAGCUUUGGAAUAUUGACUGAUUAUACCUGUCCAGAGCCUGGUCCGAUUGUUAACUCAUAUAAGGAUUAUCUAAAGACAGACGAUUGUAUAAUUUUAAUUCCCCCUGAUCGUCCAGAUCUCAAACGAUUCUGCACGGGAAUACAUUCCAAAAGGCGAAAUCAUAGGGUCAUAAUUGAUGGACAAGGUUCUAAAACCGUUUUCAAUGGUGACAAGCAGAUGCUAGACCUCAAAUAUACAAGAGCUAAUAAUUUCAUAGCUGGAAACUGGGAUGGAAUAAUGGAUAACGAAACAGACAUCAGAGCAUAUGCUUUUGCAGUUGGAAGACAAAUUUGUGAAGAUAUUAUUCAUCCGCACCAUGAUCCACACAAGCACCUUAUGCAUGAAUCACAGUGGACACACAUGUCAGUAAUCACUGCCUCAGACAACUACAAUUCCUUCCCGCUUCCUUCUGGAAAAUAUUAUCUCACUGUGAGAGCAAUAAACAAAGUUGAAUAUGGAGGACCUCUUGCGCUAACCGUGUGCCAUAGUACACCGUAUAUUAUUGAUAUUACAUAUCCAAUUGUGUACGAAGUAUUUGAUAUCAAGUAUGACGAAGAAAAUUACGUUUUAACCUUUGAGCAUAACUCAACUGACGUAGAGUCAGAUAUUGAAUCUGUGGAUUAUUGUAUUGGUAACAACCCGAGGAAUUGUGACUUGCUGUCAUGGACACGGAAACCAACGUCACAAUAUAUCAAUGAUACACAUCACAUUCCAAAUGGCGUCCCUGCAUGGAUACGCAUACGUAUAACUAAUAAUGUUGAGUUACACACUAUUGAAAGAGCUAAUCAAGCUAUCAUAAUAGACGCGACUCCACCAGUACUGGGAACUGUUUAUGAUGGCCCCUUAUUCAAAGAAGAUCUGCAAUAUACAAAAUAUUCCCAACAGAUAUGCUUGAAUUGGUUCAACUUUUACGACCCAGAGUCUGGAAUUGCCUCAUAUGAAAUUGGAGUUGGCACAUCGGCAGGAUUAACAGAUGUAGUGGAAUUGAAAAAACUCAAGCAUACUGAACAUAACUAUUGUUUGACAUUAGAUGAGAACUCCACAUUGAUUCAUAACAAUGUUUAUUAUCCAAUUGUGUGGGCGCAUAAUGGAGCUAUUAAUCAGAAAAAUGUUUCUGGUGUAUCAGACGGAGUCCGUGUUGAUCUAACAAAACCAGAAAGAGGGAUCUCUGUUGACGGAAAUUUUGCAAAUUUCUCAGACAUGCAGUACAGUUCCUCAAAGUCUACGGUUCAAUGUCAAUGGGACCAUUUUUAUGAUCCAGAGUCAGGUAUACGAGAAUACGACGUGCAAGUAGAGAGGAAAAGACAAGGAAAUGACUGGACUAUCAUAAAAGAAUGGACAAAAUUUGCAAAAGCAGAGAGGACAGCUGAAUGGCGAAAUUUCCAUCUUGCCCACAAUGACAAGAUAAAGUCAUCAAUUAAAGCUACUAACGGUGCAUUAAAUGACAUUGACACUGAAAGUGAUGGUUUCCUUAUUGACUUAACUUCACCAUUGCUUGGAUAUUUGAAUGAUGGACCAGACAACCAAAAAGACAUACAGUAUCAGGUCAACACUGCAGAGGUCUUUGUGAACUUCAACUUCCAUGAUCCUGAGUCUGGGCUUAAGCAAUUACGAUAUCAGUUAUAUGAACAAAGUCAUGGGAUGACACAUCAAUUUUAUCCUGGAACGAAAGGAGAAUGGGUUGAAGUAAAAAGUGUCAAUGUAACAGAUCAUAUGGAAACUGGUUUGAAGCUAACUGUUGGUCAUAAAUAUAUCUCACGGCUGAUAGUAAUCAAUGGAGCUGGUCUUAUAUCUACAUAUGAAACUAACGGAUUUAAAGUUGAAAAUACACCACCAAUGAUAUAUUGGAUACAUGUCGGUGUAUUGAGUGGUUUAGAACAUUUGAUAGAUGGAUAUGUGUAUCAAUCAGAUCAUAAUGGAAUCAAAGUUUCCUGGUCAGCAAGUGACCCUGAAAGCGGAAUAACAGCCAUUCAGUACAGUGUUGGAACAGAUAAAGGUGCGGGGGACAUUUUAUCAUGGAUUGUAAAAGAGACGAAGUCAGACAAUGCAUACAUAUCUUGUUCACUGAAUGACACAGAUACUGACAAUUCAAAUAAACCUAUAUAUUACGUAUCUCUGAAGGCGAGAAACGGGGCAGGCCUCUGGAGCCCCAUUAUACAUUCGUCACCGAUAACAGUUGUUCCUGAAGACGUAACAGGCAUAGUGCAUGACGGUCCAUAUGAACACCUUGAAAACGAUAUAGAUUAUCAAGCUGACACGCAUACUCUUACCAUUCAAUUUUCUGGAUUCGAGAGCAGUUUACAUGGCAUUCUUGAAUAUGAUUGGGCUAUUGGUACAACACCCGGUAGUGAGGAUGUACAGCCAUAUCUAGAGCAGGGAAUUAUUCACAACGAAGAGGAAAACGUCGUCGGCAAUGGAUUAACAAGUUCAGGAUUUGCUCAUACAUCUGUUAAUCUGGAUCACGGGGUAGCUUACUUUUCAACAAUAAGAGCUAAGACAAACAAAGGCAAUAUACUUCAAGCUACUACAGACGGUUUUGAAGUUGAUACAACUCCACCGGAAAUCAUGUUUAAUACGUUGACAGGUUCCCCUUUGAUCGAGCCUGACACUGUUAUAUAUCAAAGGGAUCAGUCUGUUCUCGAAGCAUCAUGGAAUUUCACAGAUACAGAAAAUAUAAAACAGGAAGAUUAUAACAACAUUGAACUAUCUUGGUUUUCCGUUGGAUCCGUACCAUAUUUUGAAAAUAUUGUUAACAAAACAUAUCAAGAUAUUUUCCAAGGCAAUGAAGGCAGUCUAUCAGCUGAACAAGUCAAGCCUGCGCUUGCCGGUAUUUCAAAUAUUGUUACUGUUGGAGUACAAAACAAAGCAGGUUUAGAACACAUGGCAGUUUCAAAGCCAGUUAUACAAGAUAAUACGGCACCAGAUUCAGGAACGGUCGAAUGUCAGAAAUUUGUUCAAAGUCACUCAGAUAUCAAAUGUACUUGGAAAGGUUUCGUAGAUAAAGAAAGUAAGAUAGCAAAAUACUAUAUUAUAUUUGGUUCGAGACAAGGAUAUGAUGACCUAAGAUCAUCUGAGGAAAUAUCUGGUGAUACAACAGAGUUUUCUGCAAAAGAUGUGAAAAAGGAUCAUACAGAUAUUUUAUAUGCGACUGUAGCUGCUGAAAAUCAUGUUGGACUAUCAGUGAGUGCAUAUUCAGAAUCCAUUACAGUUGAUAACACACCACCUUUACCCGGAAUUGUUGUUGAAUUAUCUAGUGUUGCAAAUAUUGUUCCCAACGAUGUCGCAAAAACUGUAGAAUUAAACAGAAAAGCAUGCUUGACGGAAGAAGAAUGUUUAAAUAUUGAUGCGGUUUGCACAGAAGCGCUCACAUAUCUUGGCGUGGCAUGGACACAUUUUAUUGAAGAUGAAUCAGAAAUAACUGAAUAUCAUUUGGCAAUUGGUUCAUUACCAGGAGGAACAGACAUAUCUCCUUUCAUUUCAAUAUCGACUGACUUGAAUCAUUACGUCGUCAAGCACUUAGAUCUGAAAGGCCAGCGACAGGUUUUUGCGACAGUCAAAGCUACAAAUUUUGCCGGACUGACGACAACCUCUCAUUCAAAUGGAAUAUACAUGUCGUAUUUGAGUCAAGGCUUAGACCCUUUGACACAUGUCGGAAUUUAUGAUUCCAACCAAUUGUUUGUUGGUGACGUAGAUUUUCAAUCGGAAACAAAAUCAAUCGAGGCAAGAUGGGACGUUUCGGGAGACCCUUGUCCUGUUGAGAAAUAUGAAUGGUCUAUUGAAGAAACAGAUGGAACUGUUCUCCAAAACUUCAUUGACAUGUAUACUAGUGAAUUUGGAAAAGCGGACCAACUUGAGCUAAAGGAAGGUAGAAGAUACUACAGCCUUCUAAAGGUCAGGAACGUACUUGGAUAUGUUUAUACUUUACGGUCUGAUGGAGUUACAAUCAAUUCAAACCCUAUGCUACCUGGGUUUGUUUAUGAUGGCGAUAUCACAGGUCAUGAUCUAAAGGUUUUGUCAUCACGAACUAUGGUCAGCGCAAAUUGGGAAGGAUUCGGCGAAUUGCAUCAGCCUGGAAGCAUAAGUGAAAUACUAACAGGCAACAAGGGUGUCGAUGAAGAAACCAAAGCUGAUCCGAAUCAGGAAGUAGCAUAUUACGAGGUCGCUCUGGGAACAGACAGACGAUUCGAAAAAACAAGAGAUAAUGUUGUUCCAUUUCUGAACGUAGGCCUAAAUACCUCGGUCACAUUCAAGGACUUAGAUCUCGAACCAGGUUUUGCUGUUUAUUUUUUCACGGCGGACGGAGGGAAAGCAACUCCAGGCGAAAUAAACGAGACAUUCAAUGUUUACCAAGUUACAUCAGUUGGUGUCAGUACAUUUGUUAGAAUAGAUGGGCUUGAUCUUGUCCAGAACUCAACGUACUUUUUGUGGAUUAUGGGUGUUGACAAAGCUGGCGAAUGUAACAUGACUUACCAUAGAUUCACAGUUGAUGUAACACAACCCCUGUCUGGAAUGAUUACAGCUGGCCCGUACUUUAACAUGAUGUUGGCUUACACCACAAAAACAACUGAAAUUCAUGUAAAAUGGGACGGAUUUGAAGACUACGAGUCCGGCAUUGAUGUAUUUAAUCUCACUCUCUGGGAGAGCGGAACAUGUUCAGAAGACGGGAAUAAAAAGUUGAUCUCAAAAGUUGAGAUCUUAGGAAAUUAUACGGAUUAUUCAUUUACCAAUCUCAGCAUUAUACCUUCUAAUGUGUACAGUGUACGAAUAGAAGCCUACAAUCGAGCAAAAUUGAAAACAAUGGCAGAAACAUCUCGUAUUGUUUUUGAUGAUUCAAUACCAGCAGCAGGAUUUGUCAGUGAAGGUUCAGUCUUCACGGACGACAUUGUGUGGUGGGGUUUCUUAGAUCAUAUUGACGGUACGUUUUUACACAGCCCUGUUAUUCUCGAUGAUAUUUGCCCUUUAAGACAUAUUUCAAUGACUGAUGAUAAUUGGAAACCAAUGGAAAUUAAACGAUUGAAUGAUCCAGAUGCAAUCAACUGGAAUAUAGAGCAUCGAUUAGAAAAUAUUCAUCUUAAUUCAUAUGAUAAUGAGGUCAGCAUCAAGAUAUAUAGAGAUUCGAAGGAAGAUCGGAUUUAUUCUGCGGCCUACAUGCGGUACUCCGAUAUGAAAAAUGGCGGAAGCUAUCAGAUCUCUAUUCGGGCUGCAGAUGGGAAUGGAAUAGCGGUAACUGGUGUCACAUUUUGGGACGGAGAGAAAGGGGAUCUUCAUAUAUUCAAUCAUCAAGCUAGAAUUUGGCAUGAUAUUGGCUUGUGUAGUUGUUGUCUUGAAACUAACAUAACAGAAUGUCUUUGCAAUUGUACCGAAUACCUACAUGAUUUGGAAAAGAAUAAUGGUACGAUAAAUGAAAACGAAACAGUAUUUAAUUCGACGAAAUACGAUUUUGAAGGAUUCGAAACUGUUUCUCAACAUUCUUGUGGGCUUCAGAUAUAUGCAGGUGCCGAUCCAUAUACGGUGACGUGGUGUAGGUUUUUCAAUAACACAGGUGAACGCAUGUCUGUUACAACUGAAUUGAACUUUGAUCCGUCUGUCGAUUUUCAUCGAUACAAAAUAGAUUUUCUUGAAAUGAAAGACGAUCUUUUGAUAACAACAUGUAUGAAUGUGUUUAUUGAUGGUGACCAGGUAUCGGAAUUAUGUGGUAUCCCACAUCUAAGCAUUCGGACCAAUCUUAUUCUUCACGUUUGGAAUAAAGAUAAUAUGGUUCCUGUAUUAGAUGUCUUUAACCUCUGGCAAACAAGAGCAGCUUUCAGAGAUCUGAUAAUGCCACCGGAAGUGAACGCUUUAUGUCGCUAUGGUGAUCCUUUUCAAGGCGGAACAAAUGCCAUAGUCCAAUACGAAGCUGGUGUAGGAACUUUACCGGGUUCUGUCGAUAUAGUUCCCUUUCAGAAGGUGUACAAGCCAUGCAUACCGUGCACAGAUGAUUGCUCUAGAUUUGUAUGUGACACUAAUUGCAAAUUUGAUGGCUAUACAUUGACCCAUUUUACUAUCAAAGACACCGCCUUCAAUGCUUCAUACGAUGGACAGUUUUACAUUUCAGUGAAGGCUGUUCUGGGAUCCGGUAAUGAAAUUGUUUCGUCAUCAAAUGGAUUCUAUAUUGACCUUACUCCACCUGAAUUCGACGAGGAAGUAAUGAUGUAUAUAGAUGUUCGGCAAGGAGAGUUUACGCCAUCUGACUUUCAAGGAUCAAACAAUACAAUAAAAGCAAUCUGGUUGUGCAAUGACGACAAAAAUGAAAUAAAGGAAUAUGAGUGGGCUAUCGGGUCAAACAUCGGUUUUCAGGACCUUCAGCCGUUUACAUCAACGGGAAUAUAUUCAACCGGAAUCAACGAUACGCUUGAAGGUCUGUUAGAACACAACACAACUUACUACGUCAGUAUCAAAUGUACAAAUAUGGCAGGAUUAACAACCUCAUGGAAUGAUAGUAAAGGUAUAACAGUGCUUCUUGUUCCUCCCGAUGCUGACAUCGUUGAUGCCGAAGCAUUUGAUGCUGAAAAGUUUGAUGAACAGGUUUACCCUCCUACAGCAGUAAAAUCUGAAGAUCCAACUACCUGUGGGGAAUCAUGGACAGUCAGUACUGAUCCAAAUAUAAGACGAUAUGACUUUUGUGUCGGAAGCUCCCUUGAAAACAUAGAUGAUGUAGUACCGUGUGUUUGGGUUGGAUACAACACAUCGGGGAUUGUUGAAAUCAAACAUGGUUAUAUUUAUAUUGAUAACACACCAUAUCAUAAGCUGUCUGAGCUCCGUGCUCUUAGCGAAGGCAAUUACAAUUUUGACACGGCUAAUGAAGACGACAACACAUUUCAAAUGGAGAGCGGUAGAACUUUGUUUCUUUUUAUGCGGUUAUGUAACAAAGCUGAAUUAUGCACUGAUAAAUUUGUGAACUCUCUUCUUAUAACGAAUGAGAAAGCAGUUUUGUUCAGAAGUGAAACUGGAAAGAGGAACACUUUUCAGUUAAAAGAUAAACAGACUGACAGAAGGAAAAGAAGUGUGACCGCACUCAGUAUAGAAAUGCCUAAUGGAACGGUAGAGGGUCAAAGUAUUGUUUACAAUGAGCUCGCUGAAGAGAACAUGACAGCACGCUAUGAUUCUGUAGCAUCAACUUUAUUCAAACCUUAUAUUGUGAAUCCUGAAACAACGUUUAACAUGACGGAAAGAUUGCUGUACCGGCGACUAUAUUCAUUUAAUUUCGCUUUCACGUUGAGUCCUGUAGGACAGGCGCCCCUUCCUGGACCAUUAAAACUAAACUAUCCAAUCACAAAUGGUUCUAGCAGUGAAAAUGGCACAAUGACUAUGGUGAUACACUGGAAUCCAGACAAGCAACAAUGGCAGACAACAAAUAGAACAUGCGAUUGGGAAAAUAUUACAUUCAAUCAAGAAUACAUUGACGGCGCAACAUUCAUUUUGAUAUGCGAUACUCGCCUAUCAGCAGAGUCAAUAAAGGCAAACCAAACUUAUUUUAGCAAGGAGACACAAUUUGCCUUAGCAACUGUUGCAAUAAACCUCAUCAACAGUGCACCGGUUUUCGUAGAAACAAUUAUCCGAAUGGACGAAAACUCUGAGGACACACAGUUUCAACUCAUUGCAACUGACAUGGAGAAUGACCGGUUUAUCUACAAACUUAAAGAAAAAGAAGUAAACUCAUUGGUUGGAAGCAUUACCUUGAGUAAUGAUGGAAUUUUAUCAAUAUCGCUUUGCGAAAACUGCUUUGGCAAUUAUACAGUAAAAUUCACCAUUGAAGACAUACCUGAAUGGGAAGAAAUACCACCAGCACGAGAACAUUAUUCAUUAAACAUUGAAGUUGUUUCGGUAAACGACCCGCCAAAUAUAAUGGUUCUCUCUCCAAAUGGAACCGAUAUUUUACCGUUUGAUCCUACUGAACGUAUAUUGAUAUUCCGUGAACAAAUCGGAGAAACAAUUUCCGGAAAAGUUGCCGUUGUGAUAGCUUAUGAUAUCGACGGACCUCAACAUCUUCAAAUGAUAUCAAAUACAAGCAACGCAUCUGGUACCUUUAUCCUACAAGAUCUUGAAUACACUGAUAUAAUAAACUACGUUUCAUGUAGCCAUGGCAAGUGUGUUAGUCCCAGUGCCAUUUUAAACCCUACAAAUGUAGAAUGGAAAGGUGUAUACAUCAAUUAUACGCAAGACAAUACCUCUUUUAUUGGUAUAGACACAAUAAAAAUUGUUGCAAUGGAUGAGUCUGGGACGUAUUCUGAUGUUGUGUCUUUAACACUUGUAGUUAUGGAAAAUAAUUGUCAACAUGGCCAUUGCAAAAGUUUAAAUGAAAGACAAUAUUCUUGUGACGAUACGAGAAGAACGGAAGGAUUCGACAAAUACUAUACAUGUGAAUGUCCAACCUCUUGGGAAGGUCGUUAUUGUGAACAUGACGUUGACGAGUGCUCACGAGGUUUCUGUGAAGCUUGGAAAGUUUGUGAUAAUAAAAUAGGAAGUUAUGACUGCUACUGUAAAGCAACGGACAUAAUCUGCAAACUGUCUCUGGAGGUUUGGGAAUUCGCUGUUAUUGUUACCGCAAUUGGUUUUGUACUUCUGGUCGUAGUUGGCAUCUUAAUUUACCGGAAAUUGAAGUCUAACAUAGAAGCUGUGGACAAGGAAAAGAUUCCAGAGUCAAAUACAUUUGCAGAAUAUAUAUUCGGAAAAGAAGGGAUCCUAGGUCCGUCACUUCGGCGUUUUGCAAAAGUUUCACCGAUGGCAUUGGGUGAAGAUGGUGCGGAUCAUUUUCCCAAUGCUCCUCCAAUGUCAGCAUUUAUUUCACAUACCUUACAUGCUGAUGUACACAGAGAAAACGAUGACGACACUGACACUGAAGAUGAUUCGACAAAGGACACAUAUGUGACAGAUGCAGACUUGUGUAUCCAAGAAACUAUUUCACUACCGAUAUCAGUGGACAAUUUCGAUAUUCCUGGAAUGUCAAAACCGCCUGCGUCUGCGGAAGACUUGGAUAUUGAAAGAACAUCAUCACCAUCGAUAUCGGCAGAAGACGUAAUAAAUCGACCGCCUACACCAACAAAUACUGCAUUAAAACAACAAAGUGACACAGAUUUCGUACACCCUGCACCGAAAUUCAACAUUGUGGAACUUGCAGCAGAAUUGAAGCGCAAGAGGGAGGAAAUGGAGGAGAUUCCAGACAUAGUUGACCAUCCUCCGCCGGAGUUAAACCAAACACAUGCAAUUACAAAAUUCCGAAGGCGUAAAGGAGAACCAAAGUCGAUGCUAAGCGUUGCUGACACACAGCAACUUGAUCAGCUAAAACAACUUGAGCAUACGAAUCCACAACAGGAAGCUAAUGAUGACACACGCUUUCUAUGUGGCGAAGCGGAGAGAAACACUCCCGAGAAACAUACAGACUAAAAGAUGGACUUCAAUAUAUUAAAGCAAUUUUCAGUGUCUUUAUAAUACUCAUAUUUGCAGUGUUUUAAUCUUUUUCUAUUUCGUAGUAUAUCAAAAGAUCAUACAUGAGAUUUUGUUGACAAUAAUGAAGUUGAAAACUACACACAUAGCGUAAACUAUACAUUUUAUAUAUAUCAGAAUUUUCCUGUCUAUUUUUGUCUUUUUAUACAUUAAAACUCUUAUGAAAGUUUCUGUGAGUGUUAUCGCACAGGUUAAAAUUUCUGUAGCCUUGUAUUAUAAAAAAAAACUUUAAACUGUUAAUGGCUUUUUGCUGAUAUGAUAUAGUUUAAAGUAUGAAUUCAUUGGUAUAGAGGUGUUGUUUUUUUUCUUAUAAAUUUAUGAAAUUGUACAUACAAUCUAUUGCUACGCCAUGAAACAUUAUUUUGUACAUCUUUUUAUUUAACUUUCAUAUUACCUACUUGUCUCAUUUUAUUGGUGGUAGUUCAGUUAAUGUAUUUUGCUAACAUGAACAUUCAUUAAAAGCAAAAACGUGUGUUGUGUAAUGAUGUGGUUUAAGAAAUGCAAUAAUAGUAAAUUUUAAUUUAAGUUGUGAUGAUUGGUGUAAACAUGUUAAACUUUGUACUUUCUGCGAGUCAUCUGGCGGUUAUCUUCUGAAAUUAUUUUUUAAUGUUGAAAUAAUGUCUGUGACAGUAACAACCCACAAAUCAACAAAUUUUCAAAAAACACUAUGAUAUUAACAUCAGACAAGAGAUUCUCCGGAUGAGGUCCACACAAACCAAUACCGUAAGCAACUAAAAAUCUCUCGUACGAUUCUAUUUUUGUGCAUGAGAUAAUCUACCUUUUUCUAUUUUAAUUUUUAUCUUUUUUUUCACUAAAUGUACAAUUAAUGACUAACUAAAUGUUUAUCUUCAUUUCACCUUUUGAUUAUUCUUUUGUACUUCGAUAGCAUAGGUUUGUUAUUAAUAAUAAUGAUUAUUUCAUUCCAUGGAGUGUUUUUAAAAAAUAUUAUAACUUUCUACUCAAUCCUUUUUUGCAUGUGAUUGUACUUAUAGUGUGUAUAUACGUUUGGCUGAAAUAAAAUAUCGCUUGAAUUUAUGUUGGAAAAAAAGAUAUUAAGUGAAACAGUCUUCCUUGAUAAAGCCAUGUAUCGAACAUGUAUCGAACUUAUUUGCAUUACUCUAGUUUUC